UCGGGGUUAACAUGAUCGAUUUCUGGUUAGUUAAAUCUAAGGCUAAGUCAACACACGGAGGUGAACGACCCCUUUGACCGCUCGAUCGUCUGAACGAAUCUGCAACACCCAGACCUUCUCAGUUCCACGCUCUGCUCCCAAAGAGAAGCCAUGAAGUUGGGGGUGAUCCUCAUACUGUCCGCACUCACUGCCGCUCUGGCUGUAGAAGAAUCAUGCGUUGGCCGCUGUGAGAUCGGGUUCGACUCGAAGAAGAAGUGCCAAUGCGACUCCAUGUGCAAGUAUUACCAGAGCUGCUGUGUGGACUAUGACCUGACGUGCCGCAGUAAAGUGUCCCGCGGAGAUCUGUUUGAUGUGCCAGAAGACGAAUACGACUACAGUACCAAUGAGACCGAAACUGUAGCGAGCGUCCUGCCACCAACAGAGAACCAAGGGGCCUCGCUCCUCAGACCCAACGCUGUCAGACCCAAACUAGAGGCUACCACAGAAUACGUUGAAUAUGAGCCAGUUACCAAGCAGCCUGAACUGGGAACAGUUGCAGAACCCGACCUCACCGAGCUCACUCGUCCUCCGCAGUCUGAACCUGCCGGGUUGUGCAGCGGUGACCCCUUUGAUGCUUUCACGCAGGUGAAGAACGGCUCUAUCUACGCUUUCAGAGGGGAACAUUUCUACCACCUGGACAACAAGGAGGUGAAGCCGGGAUACCCAAAACUCAUCAAGGACGUCUGGGGGGUGGAGGGCCCCAUCGAUAGUGCCUUCACCCGCAUAAACUGCCAGGGAAAAACUUACAUCUUCAAGGGUAAGGAGUAUUGGCGGUUUGAGGAUGGCGUCCUGGACCCUGACUAUCCCCGGGAUAUCUCCGAAGGGUUCAACGGCAUCCCAGACAACGUGGACGCGGCGUUCGCCCUCCCGGCAGCCAACUACCGAGGCAACGAAAAGGUCUACUUCUUCAAAGGCUCCCAGUAUUACCAGUACAAGUUCCACAAGCAGCCCAGUCAGCAGGAGUGUUCGGAGAUGGAGCCUUCGACUCUUUUCAGCCGCUACACUGCCAUGCAGUACGACAGCUGGGAGGAGAUCUUCAGCUUGCUCUUCCAAGGUUCAGAUUCUUUCUCCAGCCCCAGCCCUCGCUUGAUCAGCCGGGACUGGAAGGGGCUCCGUGGCCCGGUGGAUGCAGUGAUGGCUGCCCAGCUCUACGUGGCUCCCAAGGUCCAGACUGCCAGCUCUAGGAAAAGCUCCAAAGCCAGCAGGAAGCGUUCAUACAAGCGCCGUCGAGGGAGGAAACAGAAUCGCAGGCAGGAUCGCUCCGUGUUCUGGGACCCCCUGUUCCUGGGCGAGAACAGCGACCGCAGACAGCAGCAGUGGCAGCAGCAGGGGUUCGACUAUGGCAGACAGGACUAUGGGGGACAGGAUUAUCUAGCAUUCCUGGAUUCAGAAGAGGACCAUGACAUUCUCCACAAGUGCCAGCCCAUUCAGAGCAUCUACUUUUUUGUUAAAGAUAAAUAUUACCGUGUGAAUCUUCAGACCAAGAGGGUGGAUACUGUAUCGCCACCGUACCCAAGACCGAUCGCCAAAUACUGGCUGGGCUGCCCGGAGAAAGGAGGAGCAGAGAGGAAAUGAAAACCAUUAUUAUAAUGUGCAGUAUAUUAUCAAAGUCUGUGAAUCUGGUACUUAAUAAGGAGCAAUGAUUAUAUGCCAAUCAAGAUAUACAAUGUGAAUUAUGUUACUUCCGCUUUCCUGUAUAACUUCCAUAUGCUGAGUUACAAGGCCCACUUUAGCGGGGCUUGAGCACUAGUAAAUGCUUGCUGCAGGCUGUCAAUUUGUGAAGCAGCUGUAAUAAAAAUGGUCACUUUG